UUUAACCGUUUCCCUCCUUUUCUAACAAACGCCCCAAUAAAGGUAAUAAAGUUUACUUAGUCCUUUAGAGUAAAUUGUAUCUAAAAUAUUUUUUUAAAAGUCAAAAACUUUGUUUUUUCAUGUGCUGUAUUAAUGUAACUCUGUACACAUAUUUGGUGUUAAUUUCAUAGAAAAUUGUUUUAAAUUCUUUUUUAUCAGUUAGGUGAUAUUCAAAAUAGUAAAGAAAUGAUUUUGUCUAUUUUUAUAUUGUAAAGUUGAAAGCACAGCAUAUAAUGGAUUAUGACUUUAAAGUUUACAUGUUGUUUUUAAGUCAAGUCAGUUUGAUUGCAAGGAACUGGUAACGAGUUCUUUAUUAAAUUAAUUUUAAAAGUAUAAAAUACCUUCUUUUUUCAUAUUUAAGCAUUUUGGUUCAAAACAGAUAUAGUAUCUUCCAUAUAUCGCAGUGUUUAAAGUCAGUUUCUACAAUUAAUAUUGCAUAUUGUAGCACUCUGAUCAUUUUUAUUAUUUAAAAAACAACAAUAUAAAAACCUUAUCUAUGGCUAAGAUUUGAUUCAGGAUAUUUAGAUAUUGCUUUAUAAUAAAAUGUGUACAGGUCCGUCACUUUCAGUGAUUAAGUUUUUUAAUUUACUUACUAAGUAUCUAUAUUAUAAUACCUGUAUACGCCUGUCUGUCAUGCAAAAUAGUACCCUGAGUAGCGAGACGCACAUAAUGCGGUAUAAAAAGAAUGGGCAAACUUGUGGAUUUCACUGACUAGUUUUUGAUUUUCUAUGCAUAUUACAUAUGUGUAAGGUUUAUAUAUUACUAUAUGCAAAUGUGCAUAUACAUGCUAAUUCAAUUUCAGUAUAAUCAUCUGAAAAUGUCAAAAGUGUUUUUGAUGUUACUUCUAAUGCAAGUAAAACUGAUUUUUCUGGUGAUUGUACCCGACAACCUAAUCCCCUACCCACAUGCUGAACACACAGACAGAAAAAGAACGCAUCGUUAUGUUCGAGAUUGUCAAGAAAAAAAACAUGGUAACCUAACAAAAGAGUUUAUGAAACCAAAGAAUAUAUCCAAAACAUUUAAGCUUUUUUAUAUCAAAUAUCGUACAAGCACCCUUCAGUAUGGCCAUCACACUAUAGUUAGAGAUCCUUUAAACAUGAUCUCAGUAUUAGAACCUAUGAAACCUGGUUCUUGUUCAACAAAAACACUUAGUUAUGUAACAGAUUCUGCACAACAACGAAAUUGUAUAAUUGCUACCAAUGCUGGCUUCUUUGGUAUAGAUGGAAGAAAGAAAGGAGCUUGUCUUGGAAAUAUUAUAAGUAAUGGUAGAUUGGUGCAAGAUGCAGACGGUGUGCAAAAUGCUAACUUUGGAAUACGAAAAGAUGGUACUGUAGUAAUAGGGUAUUUAUCAGAAGAAGAAGUUUUAGACAAAACAAACCCCUUUGUUCAACUGGUAUCAGGAGUGGGUUGGGUUAUAAGAAAUGGUGAAAUAUAUUUAAACCAAAGUGAAAAAGCGGAAUGCAGAGAUACACAGACAACUGGUACUUUGCGCUUCUUUUUUACUGUGAAAGCUGCACGUACUCUGCUAGGCUACGAUAAACUUGGUCAUGUGCAUCUCAUUCAAUUUGAUGGUAAAACACAUGAAAGAGGUGUGAGUCUUUAUGAAGCAGCUUCGUACCUCAAGUCUGCAGGAGUCAUCAAUGCAAUAAAUUUUGAUGGUGGUGGGUCAGCUACUUACACGGCAAACUCAACCGUCAUCAACUAUCCAAGUGAUUUGUGUGAUGAAGAUGAACCUUCUAUGUUGUGUGCAAGAAAAGUGAGCACUAUCAUUUGUAUACAUGAAGGUGAAAGAACAGACAAAUCUUCCUCGUCAUCGGCUAGUUUUUCAUACAGUACUAUUGUUAUGAGCAUUGAUGUUGUGUUGUUUUUUAUGUUGUGGUAACAAACAGGUGUUUAUUUUCAGUUAAUUAUAUCGAAUAGCUCUACUCUAAGCGAUGUUGGUAAGUAAACAAUGUGAAAAUUUGUCAUCAUAUAUAAACUCCACAGCAUUUGUAUCUAUUUUGUCACAAGCUAAAGCAUCUAAUAUGAGGAUAUAAUGUAAGAGCCUUCAAUUCUGAACAAAUUUGUUUUUGCUGAGUGGACAAAAAUUUUAAUAUCGUAGCCAUAGUUAUCAAUGUGCUGCCUAUUAGACGCAUUGCAGGGUACGAAUUUUUUGCAGAACUUAUUUUUGUGGAUGAAGUGGUUCCGAAAUGCUUCACUUGCACAAUAUAUUUAUGUGGAUGAUGACAAAGCUAGUAAUUUUAGUAAAGGCAAAAUCAGUAUUGUGCCUAAUAUAGCUUUCAGAAAUUAAUGUAACUUUAUAUGAGCCAAUAAUGGCUUUGUUCCUUCUGAAAAUACGAAGAAUUAAAAAAAAUUAUAGUAGAAAUUGCUUUGUAGAAAAUAUAAAAUAUUUUACGGUUGACUGAUUCCUAAAAUUUUGUGGCUAAGUCUGCAAAAUUUGGGCCUAAUCCACAAAAAAUAAGCUCUGCAAAUAAAAAUUUGCUAAAGGUCUUCUUCACAUAUAUAGCACUGAAGGCAUUUGGUGUUCCUUUUCUUAUGUCUCCAAGACGUCACCACUUCAUAUGUUAAUAGUGAAGGUAAACCAAUGUGGUCAUAAAAAUUGCUGUUGAAGAAUAACUUUUUUCUAGCAUUGUUUGUUUUUAUUUUGUUGUUGCAAAUAAAAUUAUUAAUUCUUAGGGUAGGUAUUGAUUAAGUUAUAAUUCUAUGCAAAUUAAAUUUUAUGAAAUAUUUUGAAUUAUAUAACUGGAUAGUUUUUAAAUAAAUUUAUUAUAUAUUUAAAGGUGAUUUUUACUUUUUAUAUAUUGAAUCAUUUUUAUUGCUGUUUUUACAAUUGUAUGAUAUAUGUUAUGAUUCACGUCAUCCAAAUAAAAUGGCUGGACGUUAUGCAAUAUAGGUGUUGAAAUAUUUCAUUUCAUUUAAUUAUCACGAUUUUCAACCAAGGCUAGACUUGGUACUAUUAUCAAAGAUGAUCUUUGGUAGGGGGCAAUGGCUCAGGCUCAAAUAAUGGCCCAUGCUCAGUAUCAGGGUACAAUCCAGAAAUGUAAUAUAAAGGCUGUUAAAUCCUAAAUGGGAAUUUCAUUAAGGUGUUUUUAUGUAUUAAUGAAAUCUUAUUUCUUUACAACAUGCAUGAAAUGAGCUAUAAGUCCUGUAUUUUUGUAAUGAAUAUAUAUAGCUCCUCUAAUAAAUUGGUAAAUUUGUGAUAAAUUUCAAUUGGGUUAUAGCCGUUUAACAGCUACUGAGAAUGCUGGAUUACACUCUCUAUACUGCUAAAAAUAGAUAAAUAAAAGGGGUGAAUCUAAAAUUAGGCUUAAAACCUGUAUUUAGUAACCGCUCUUUUUAAUUAUUUGAAUAUGGGUAUUUUACAUUUUUAUCGCUUAUAUUCACCACUUUCUAGAUCACAUUUCACCACGUACCUCAUUCUACAUCACAAGAUCAGUUUCACACCAAAUCUUCUAUGAUUCGUUAAAUUUUUAGGACUCAUAAUUCUUAAAAGAAAUAUCAGAGAUUCACUCAA